GGUGUGCUCUGCCUACAGGCAAACCUUUGUUUUUAGGUGUUCAUUUCGUACAGCCAAUUCUUCAGUGCACUUACAUUGUGAGACAAGCUGCGGUUGCUUGGAGAAUAGUGACACGCAAGUGCACAGCCAGACAAUCAGAGGGGAGCUCUUAUUUUAGGUCUAGACAACAAAACCUGCCAGGACCUGACCAUAAACCUCAGGCUGUGUUCUGUGAGCCGGGACGGGAGCCAGGCCUUUCAGUGUGUAAAAACUGAUUAAACCAACUCUGAAACUAAAAUUGAGAUGUUUGUUUAAGGGUGUCCUAGAGGAUGAUAAUGUGAAAGGCAGCAAUGCACCCAGUGUGAUAUGCAGACAGACCAGUUCCACCCACUGAGUCAUUCCUCCAAACAGAGAGGAUAAACCUGCUCUGUCACCUCUCGACCGUCACAGUAGUAACAAUGUGCAGCCGCUGCCCAGACUGCUGUCUUAACAACCUGAGGGACACUGGUGGUGGUGAUGAUGAUGAGGAUGAUGAUGAUCUUUGCCCACUGUGUCAAUCACCCAGCAGCUGUGAUGACUUUAAACACCACCGCUGUCUGUUUCACAUCAUUAGCAUCUGCAGGAAGUAUGAGCACACAGCAGAGGGCGUUUUCUGUCCAGGUGUUUCACAGGUUCAACCACCAAGACAAAAAUGGCUGCUGAUGAUCUGUGGACUACUCUUCCUCCUGCUCUUCACUUUCCUCAUGGCAGCUGUUAGCAGGGAAGAACAUGAUGCUCAAGACUAUGAUGCAGAUGUUGUUCUUCCAUCCAAAGCCUUGUGGUUGUUGGGCUCUCUGCUGUUCUGGACCAUUUGGUUGCUCCUGCACCUCCUCCAGAUGUUUCUCCGGUUGAUCAAAGUUCUGCUGUGGUUCAUCAUCAUCUUUGCUUCCCCGCUGUGUCACUGUUUGUCGUUCAUUCUGUCCUGUGUGCUGCUGCUUCUACAUUACACGUGUGAUGCUGUGUAUUUUGCAACCACCAGCCCCGUGUACAUAUAUGGCAUGCUUCUCAGUGUUGGCUUUUCACUGCUCAUUUUCACCAGGUGAAAGCUGUAAAUAAAAUAUUUAUUUUAUAGAGACAAAUCAUGUUAUAUAGAGAUUAAAUAGAUCAUUUCACAUCAAUCAAUGGGCUCUAAAAUGGAAACUGGAAAAAUAAAAACAAGUGAACUAAUCAGGUGUUUAAAAUACAGCAUUUUCUGUACAUACAUACUGUUUCUCUAAAUGUUUAAAGUGUUAAAAUAAUCAUAAUCACAUGCAAAUUGAUUUUUUUAUGGCAUAACAUCACAUCUGAUGUAUUACAGAAAUGUAUGCAUGGAGUAAUGUAUAGAUUUAUUGUAUAAUUUAUGAUCAAAUCAAUAAAUGAUACAUGCAGGAG